AUUUUGUCUUAAUGAAUUAAUUGGUACUAGAAAUGCUGGAACAGUCGAUGACUGCUUAGUCUCAUUCGAGAGUCUAUUCUCUUUGUAUUAUAUUUUCCGAGGGGGUGGAUUUGGGCUCCUUCCCGUCCAUUGUAUAAUUGCGCAGGAAGGUAUCACGUGCCUUUUGUCUCAUGCAUCUAACCUGCUUACGGGUUCACCUGUUUUAGUCAUUUAUGAAGUAUUAGAAUUGCAAAAUAGGCAUUGCCUUUGGUUUCAUACUCUAUCUACAAAUACGAGAAUAUCCCAUUUUAGGUCUAAGUAACAUAUAAUUGAAGGAGAUGGAAGACCUCCAAUGUCAACUGUCAAAUGUUUUCAUUUCUAUAAUUGAUUUAGACAUUUCUGUAUAGAUAACAAAUCUAUUUAUAACUGUUCUCUUACAACAGAGAGAUUUAAUGGUGGUUCAAUAAUUACGGGAUAGAAUUGAAUUUCCCACGUUUGUGGAAGGAUUACUAUUUGAGGACUAAUUUCCCAGGCAUUCAACGGCAUGUGCUUGUGCCUCACAUUGAGCUCUAUAUAUCCCUUCCCCACUGCACUCCAUGCCUUUACCUUACUAGCUUAUUUCUGAUGGCUUUGAACGACACUUUCUAUGUAUCCCAUGGAUCCCCAACGCUAACCAUCGACGAUGGCAUCGAAGCAAGGCACUUCUUCAAAUCAUGGAAGGACAAGGUUUUUCCCCAAACACCCAAAGCCAUUCUUUUUGUCUCUGCCCAUUUCGACACCGCCUAUCCCACCGUCAACGUCGUUUCUGGCCCCAACGACACCAUCUACGACUUCUAUGGUUUCCCCUCCUCCAUGUACGAGUUAAAAUAUCCAGCACCAGGAGCUCCGGCAUUGGCGAAGAGGGUGAAGGAAGCUCUGAUGGGGGCCGGGUUCGAGCGGGUGGACGAGGAGAAAGGGCGAGGGCUGGAUCAUGGAGCAUGGGUUCCUCUGAUGUUCAUGUAUCCAGAGGCAGACAUCCCAGUUUGCCAACUUUCAGUACAAUCACGCCUAAAUGGGACACACCAUUACAACAUGGGCAAGGCAUUGGCCCCUCUUAAGGAUGAAGGGGUUCUCAUUGUUGGGUCAGGAAGUGCCACACACAACCUUAGGACACUCGACCGCCACGCCAGGUCUUCUGUCAACGCCUCAUGGGCCAUCGAAUUUGACGAUUGGCUUAAACAUGCUCUCCUUCAAGGAAGAUACGAAGAUGUGAACGAGUACAAAAAGAAGGCUCCAAAUGCAGAAAAGGCACAUCCAAGUCCCGACCACCUAUUUCCGCUCCAUGUCGCGAUCGGGGCAGCCGGAGGCCACCCCAAAACGAAGCUAGUCCACCAUAGCUGGGACCUUGGCACCAUGUCCUACGCCUCCUACCAGUUCACAGCCUCUUAAACCCUAAACCCACUAAUCGCAUCAACAUUACAAACCUCCAACUCUUCUAGUUGCCUUGUAUCUUUGUUAAUAUAAUGGAGUAUGUUUGUAAAAUGAUCCUAUUUAUUUCUGUGACAAACCAUAUAAUUUGGUUUUGGUUUAUUACAACGUUGUAUGAACGUUUAUUGUUCA